AUGCCUGCGAUUCUUUCAGACGCGUUGGCGCUGCCAGUUGUCAAGACGCUGGCAGAGUGCGCGGACUACAGCAAGACAUUCGAGCAGUUCCUGCCACAGCUCUACAGUUUACACGACCAGGUCUUCGCUCACAUAACGGAUACCGAAGCUCUCAAGCAAAUCUACAUCACCACGAACCCAGCCGUCUCUGGCCUCGCGUUUGCCUUAGCGACGUUCCCGAUCUUCCUCAUAGUCUCCGAGAUCAACAGGAACUGGAGUCAGGUCGACAGAGUUUGGAGCAUCCUGCCGACCAUCUUCGACAUCCACUACGCGCUAUGGGCUCGACUUGCUGGGCUGCCUACCACGAGGGUAGACAAUGUACUGGCCUUUAGCGUCUUAUGGUCGAUACGCUUGACGUUCAAUUACUGGCGAAAAGGUGGAUACCAGAUCGGCAGCGAGGACUACAGAUGGGCCUUGAUCAAAAAGCAAAUUGGACAACCAGGUUUCUUCUUGCUCAACGUCCUCUUCAUCUCCUCGAUACAACCGGUUCUGCUCUGGGCUGUCACCCUCCCCACAUAUGUCCUGCUCAACACCUCGCGGCUGAAGCCAGAAAUGGCCGCCUCCGAUAUGAUCUUUGGUCGCGCGUUGAUCGCGCUGGUGGUCUUUGAGUACUUCGCCGAUGGACAGCAGUGGAACUACCACCAAGCCAAGAAUGAAUAUCAGAAGACAGCCAAAGUGCCACAAGGUUGGACCAGAGCUCAGAUGGAUCGCGGCUUCAACACAACUGGGCUUUGGAAGUUCAGCCGUCACCCCAACUUCGCCGCGGAACAAUCGAUCUGGAUUCUGCUAUACGCCUGGAGCUGCUUCGAGUCAAAUACUGCUUGGAAUUGGACACUCGGUGGCGUCAUUGGCUAUGUGUUGGUGUUCGCCGGAAGCACACCGCUUACUGAAAGGAUCAGUAGUGGUAAGUAUCCGGAAUAUAAGCUGUACCAGGAGCGCGUGGGCAUGUUCGUGCCAAAGCUGCUCGGUAAAGGUUGGAACGAGAAGGAGAUUGGAAGCCUCGGCGCACAGGGAGUGGCACAAUUGGAGAAAACGCAGCAGGUUGAAGCCAAGAAGAAGUGA